AUGGAUGCUUUACGUAGAGGAAAUCCAGCCGAAGCCUUUGAUAAAGUCAAGAAAUGUUUGGAUGACUUGGAUAACAUCCCCCUAAACAUAGCAAUUACUGGAGAAUCAGGGUCAGGAAAAUCCACUUUCAUCAAUGCCAUCCAUGGUAUAGGUGAUGAAGAACUGGUAUCUGCUAAAACUGGUGUGGUGGAGACUACUAUGGUGGCAAAUUCUUACUGCCAUCCUAAGUAUAAGAGUGUAACCUUUUGGGAUCUUCCUGGAAUUGGAAGCCCUAAUUUUAAAGCCAGUGAUUAUUUAAAUAAAUUCAAUUUCCAGCAUUAUGACUUUUUCGUUAUAAUGGCAUCUGAAAGAUUCAAAGAGAAUCACAUUAUGCUGGCUGAGAGUAUCCACAGCUUGAAUAAAAAAUUCUACUUUGUGAGAUCAAAAGUUGACAGGGACGUACAUGAGAGCCGAAUUCGUAGACCUAAACAUUUCAAUGAAAAAAACAUGUUGCUUUCCAUCAGGGAGGAUUGUGGUAAUUCUCUCAAGAGAGCAGUAAGUCUAGACCCUUAUGUCUUUCUUGUAUCGUCUUUCAAACCACAAGACUUUGAUUUCUCUCUUUUGCUGAAAACGUUUGAGGAGCAGCUUCCAAGUCACAAGCGUUACGUUUAUCUACGUGCCUUGCCUAACAUUUCCUCUGAGGCAAUUUGCAUGAAAGUGCAAGCUCUAACAACUGCAGUCCCUUUGAUCGCAUUGGGAGCCAUUAUAGGUUCCAUUAUCCCUGGGAUUGGGCAAUACUAUGAGCGUUUAACCUUAAAGAGCCGUAUUAGAGAAUACGUAGAAAGUUUUGGUCUUGAUGAUAAAUCUUUAGAUGAUUUGGCACAAAGGUCUGGUAAAACUGCUGAUGAUUUGAAAAGUUUAAUGAAGUCCCCAUUUGUCAAACAUGAGAUCACUGAUGAUCUUGUGUGGAAUGAGGUGAGGAGAAGGAAUAGCACUGCAUUUAUGACCAGUAAAGCUAUUAUCAGUUGGGUUCCAGUGCUAAGUCUUGUUGCUGGUAGCAUGUCUGCUGCGACAUGUUCUGAAUUUCUGUAUUCUGCAAUGAGUGAGCUUGCAGAAGAUGCUAAAACCAUUCUUGAAGUGGCUUUUGGCUGUUCAGAAGAUUGA